UUAAUGACGGCCUGUUUAACUGUUAAGAUCCAGGCCUGGCAAGAAGAAGUGGAACGUUCUCGCCAAGGUCAGAGAGAUGCAGAGAGCAAGCUCUCCUAUUUUGAGACUGAAGUGCAGAAAAUGAGAGUUGAAAUGGCCGCCAUGAAGAGGGAUGCUGAGCAUUAUUCACGUCAGGAACAUAUGGAGCUAGAGAAGCGCUACCGUGAACUAACUGACCUAUUGUACUACAAGCAAACUCAGUUAGAAGCCAUGGCUAGUGAAAAAGCAGCUGCAGAGUUUCAGUUGGAGAAGAAAGUAAAACGUCUUCAAGAAGCACAGGUUGAGACAGAAAGAAGUAGAGUUUCCCGCCACACAUCUUCAUCUUGGGAAGAAGACACUGAAAUGAAGGAACUAGAGCCUCUUCCCUUGCAUCACCGUCACAUGGUUGGGGCAAGUGUACAGUUGCAAAAGGCAGCAAAACUAAUUGAUUCAGGAGCGGCUGCUCGAGCCACUAGAUUUUUAUGGCGGUAUCGAACUGCUAGACUUAGUUUGCUUUUCUAUCCGGUAAGAAGAGUUUAUCUUGUGUAUAAAAUCUUUAAUUAAAGAUUCGAAUUAUGUGGGAGAAUCUAAGAUUUUUUGUUCACUAUGAAAAUCAUUUUCAGGUAUUUGUGCA